CGCUGGCGGCUCCGGUCCCUCCCCGCGCUCCGGGCGCCCAUGGAGCUGCUUUGGAUCCCGCUCCUCUCCAUCCUCGCCUUCCCGCGCCGGGCCGCCAGCGACCCCACCGAGCUGAUCGGGGCCCUGGGCAGCUCCGUCACCUUCCGCAGCCGCAGCCGAGACGAGGGUCCGGCCUUCUGGGAUUUCGGGGGUGACCCCAUAGUGACGGUGCCAGACGAGGACGGCGCCGCUCCCGUGUUUUCCAAAGGAUACAAAAAGCGAUUGUCUGUCUCGGAGAGGGGCCGGGAGCUCAACAUCUCCCGGCUGAGGAUGGAGGACGCCGGGACCUACUCCGUGAGCAUCAACGGGAAGAAAUCCACCUUCACCCUGCAGGUGUACAGGGAGCUGGCAGAGCCCACCGUCACCUGCGAGGCGCGGAACUGCUCGGGCGGGAGCUGCAGCUUCUCCCUGCGCUGCUCCGCGCCCGGCACCGGCCUCGGGAACGUCUCCUACACCUGGAGGGUCUCGGGGCGGCGGCGGGAAGGGGAAUUCCUGGUGCUGCAGGAAUCCUCCGGCCGGGAGCCGGAGCCGCUGACGUGCACGGCGCGGAACGCCGUCAGCAGCAGGAACGUCUCCGUCAGCACGGCCGGGAUGCUCUGCGCAGACGCCGUCUCGGGCAGCUGGGUCAGGAUCGGGCUGGGAGCCGGGCUCGGAGUCGGGGUGGGGUUGUUGAUUUUCCUGGUGCUCCUCCGCAAAUCCAAAGGCUGGAGGAAAUUCCGCCUCUCCAAACCCAAGCCUACGGACACAGCCGAGUCCAUGACGGUGUACGCUGAGGUGGGCCCGUGCCAGCAGCGCGUCCCCGGAGCCGGAGCGGCGGGCGCGGGAUCCUCCGGCACCGUGUACUCGCUGGUGAAGCGCCCGGAGCCGGACGGCGACAACGGCGCCGUGACCGGCCUGGAGCUGGUCUAGGGGAGCUGGAGCGGCUCGGAAGGACCGGGAGCCGGGCUCGGAAGGACCUGGAGCCGGGCUUGGGGAGCUGGAACUGGUUUAGAGGAGCUGGAACUGGUUUAAGAGAGCUGGAACUGAUUUAAGGGAGCUGGAACUGGUUUAAGGGAACUGGAACUGGUUUAAGGGAGCUGGAACUGAUUUAAGAGAGCUGGAACUGAUUUAAAGGAGACAGAAGUGAUUUAGAGGAGCUGGAACUGAUUAAAGGGAGCCUGAACUGGACCAGAAUGACCUGGAACUGAUUUAAAGAACCUGGAGCUGGUUCAGAAGAAACCGGAGCUGUUAUAAAGAGUCUGGAGCUGGUUCAGGAGGAUCCAGAGCCGGUUUGAAGGAUCUGGAGCUGGUUUAGGAUGAUCCGGAGCUGGUUUAGGAGGAUCCGGAGCUGGUUUAGGAGGAUCCGGAGAUGGUUUGAGGGGUCUCCACUCCUCGGUCACAGACUCCCCGAUGUGACUCUGGAUCGGCUCCGGAGCAGCUCCAAAGUCCCUGAUCCCACCGCGGACACGGACCCCACCGAGCUCAUGGAUUUCCUGGAUAUCACGGAUCUCACGGAUCUCACCCUCCCGGGAUCUCCCCUUUCCCUCCUCAUCGCUGCUGCCUCACUUUGGGAUUUCUGGGAGGAUUUGGGAUCUCUCUCCUCGAUUUUGGGAUCUUUCUCCUCGAUUUUGGGACAUUUCUCCUCGAUUUUGGGAUCUUUCUCCUCGAUUUUGGGAUAUUUCUCCUCGAUUUUGGGACAUUUCUCCUCGAUUUUGGGAUCUUUCUCCUCGAUUUUGGCCACUCCCGGGGUCCAGGCUCCUUUUCCCACCCUCUCCCGCCAGGAUCCGGGACCAAAACUCCCCAAACGCCGCGGGGACUCCCGGACAGGCCGGAGGAGACUCUGGGACGGGAUUUUUCCAUGGAAUCCAGGAAUUCCCGAAUUCGGGAAAAGCCCUCCAGGUCACCCAAACCAAGGUCCAGGGGGUUCCUGGGACACCUCCAGGGAUGGGGGGGCUCCAGCCCAGCCCCUUUUUUUUUCUGCAGA